AUCCCGGAUUCUCUGUGGUGGCGGCGAGAGUACUAGGACCUGAGGAUGAGCGAGCUUGACCAGUUACGGCAGGAAGCCGAGCAGCUCAAGAACCAGAUCAGAGAUGCUCGGAAAGCAUGUGCGGAUGCAACUCUCUCACAGAUCACAAACAACAUCGACCCAGUGGGAAGAAUCCAGAUGCGCACCAGGAGGACUUUAAGGGGGCACCUGGCCAAGAUCUAUGCCAUGCACUGGGGCACAGACUCCAGGCUCCUCGUCAGCGCCUCACAGGAUGGGAAACUCAUCAUCUGGGACAGCUACACCACAAACAAGGUGCACGCCAUCCCCCUGCGUUCCUCCUGGGUCAUGACUUGUGCUUAUGCCCCCUCUGGAAACUACGUAGCCUGUGGUGGCCUGGACAACAUUUGCUCUAUCUACAACCUGAAGACUCGAGAAGGGAACGUGCGCGUGAGCCGUGAGCUGGCAGGACACACAGGCUACCUGUCCUGCUGCCGGUUCCUGGAUGACAAUCAGAUCGUCACCAGCUCUGGAGACACCACAUGUGCACUGUGGGACAUUGAGACUGGCCAGCAGACAACCACGUUCACUGGACACACUGGGGACGUCAUGAGCCUGUCUCUGGCUCCCGACACCAGACUUUUUGUCUCUGGUGCUUGUGACGCCUCAGCCAAGCUCUGGGAUGUCCGAGAAGGCAUGUGCCGGCAGACCUUCACUGGCCAUGAGUCAGACAUCAACGCCAUCUGCUUCUUCCCAAAUGGCAACGCAUUUGCCACCGGCUCGGAUGACGCUACCUGCAGGCUGUUCGACCUCCGUGCAGACCAGGAGCUCAUGACCUACUCCCACGACAACAUCAUAUGCGGGAUCACCUCUGUCUCCUUCUCCAAGAGCGGGCGCCUUCUCCUCGCUGGAUAUGAUGACUUCAACUGCAACGUGUGGGAUGCCCUCAAAGCUGACAGGGCAGGUGUCUUGGCCGGACAUGACAACCGCGUCAGCUGCCUGGGGGUGACUGAUGAUGGUAUGGCUGUGGCGACAGGGUCCUGGGACAGCUUCCUCAAGAUCUGGAACUAACGUCAGUAGCAGCAGGUGGACGCCACCGUGACUGGAAGACCAUUCCAACCUUGAAGCGCUACAGUGAUAGCAUAUCUUAUCCACCCAUACUAACGUGGACACCCACACUCCCCUCAGAACUUCAAAGGGCAAGAUCUUUUCUCCUUCACUUAUUGCUGAAACCAAGAGCACAAUUCCCAUUAAGAGAAGGAUCUCUGUGCUGUAAACUAAAACAAAUUGUGCAUUCCUUCCGGGGCCAUUGUCUUUGUUUUCUUUUUUGUCUUGGAUGAAUUUUAAAAGGAAAUACUACAAUAAAAAUGUUAACCAGAAGGUAAACCUGAGUGUAAUUGUGAGACAGACACGCCUCUCCACUAGCUCAUUGAAGAGUAGACCAGUAACCCUGUAUUGUGGCAUUCAUGCAAAACAAGUUGAAGACUUUAUCUUGUAAUCAUUUCUAAAUUUCAAAUUGUGUUUGUAGCAGGAUUUUGGAAGCAUUCACAGUUUCUUUUUUAAAUAUAUUCCUUUCUGUCCAACAGUGGAACAGAACCAUUGCCGGGGGCAGGUCUCUGACGAGGGGGACACAGUCCAGUCCCUGGCAGUUUGCUCUUGUAUUGUGUCACAGAUGUCUGUUGCACACAAACACAGCCUAGUUAAAGAGAAAGGCCGAGAAGCAGAGUAGCUGAGCACAUGCUGUGAUGGUUGUGAAUGUGGUCAGAGUCCUUCCCCUGUGCCGAGCAGCGAACUCAGGCCUGGCCCCUUCCCUCUGCGCCCUCCCGUCCCCUUGUCUGCUGUUUCCUCUCACCUCGGGUUCCUGUGAAGUUGGAGGGAGUCUAAUCGCCCAGCACUACCCGCCCUGCUCUCGCUGUCAGGAGCCUGCUCGAGAGAUGCCUGUCCUGUGCUUGGAUAGUCAGUUGGUUAUUUGUGUAUGAAACAAUGUACAAAUCAAUGUUUUGAAAAUAAUGAUCUCAGACUUUCUAAGUUAAAUUUUAAAAAUUUGAUUGUUUGCCAUAUUGGGUGGGUUUACUCUUAGAAUCGCAUGCUGUAGAAAUGCUCAAAAGUGCAUAUAGGACUCAGUCCUUAGAUGUUCUUUUUCUUUUAAGAAAUAACCUCUUAAAGUUGUAACUGUGGCGGCUCUGUCCACUUCUGUUGCUGCUCUGCACACAUUGGAAGCAGCGAGCGCUCUACAUGCUUGAGUAGCGGGAUGAGUCACUGUUUUCUUUACUUCUUUAAAAAAAAAAAAAGUCCUGUUGUGAAAGAUCCCUGUUGGAUUCUGAGGGAGAGGCUGAGGGAGGAGGGAAGGAGCGCCUGACCUGCGGCCCUGCCCUUUCUUGGUAGCCCAGCCGGGACAGCCUUCUGCACCCAUGCAGACCUGUGACCCCGCCCGCCAGCGCAGGGUCUCCCCGGUCAGCAGCAGCGUCUGGACAGCAGUGUCCUGUGGGCCCUCCCUCCUCCCAGUCCCCAGCCCCCUCCUAGCAGCAGUAGUGGCUUCGCCAUCCUGUUUCCUGCAACAUCCUGUACAAACUGUGCUGUGACCGUGCAGUAGGCCUGGACCUGGCAACGAGAAUACGACGACGUCCCUUCUCUUCCCGUCAGAUGACUCUGUAGAGCUCUCUGCACCUUCACCCUUUUCACCUUUUGUAUUUAAUUUUAAAGUCAGUGUACUGCAAGGAGGCUGGAUGCAAGAUAGACCCUAUAUUAAACUGUACUGUUAUUUAAGAUGUAAUAAAGCAGUUUGACAUGAGGGA